AUGGGCAAUGUGACCUACUCCUGGUCCUUUAUCUUUGUGUUGCAAGGCAUCCCGGGGCUGGAGGCCUACCACAUGUGGUUCUCAGUGGCAGUCUGCACUGGCUAUGUGAUCAUCGUUGCUGGGAACUCUAUCAUUUUACUAGUCAUAGUAUCAGAACCAGCCCUCCACAGGCCCAUGUACUACUUCCUCUGCAUGCUGUCUACUAUUGACUUAGCAGCCACCACCUCUACGUUGCCCAAGAUGCUUUCCAUCUUCUGGUUCCAGGCUAGGGAGAUCCAGUUUAAUACCUGUUUGGCCCAGAUGUUCUUCAUCCAUGCUUUGUGUAUGAUGGAGUCAGCAGUGCUGCUGUCCAUGGCUGAAGAUGCUUCUGGGUCCAUCUCCUGGCCCAAGGAGGAGUCGGGAGAGAUCAUCAGCAUGAUAUUCGAGAGCGCCAGGCUGAAGAGCUCGCUCGGUUCUUCUGUGGAGGACAAUCUCGAGAAGGCCAUGGCGUCCGUUACCCUCACCAAUGGCAGCAUGGCAGCGUUUGCCCUGGGAGGCUUUCCUGGACUGGAGACGGCUUACGGCUGGAUCGGCAUCACCAUCUUCUGUGUCUACUUGGUUGCCGUGCUGGGCAACUGCUCCAUCCUCUACAUCAUCUGGGUUGAGCCGAGCUUGCAUCGGCCCAUGUAUCAGUUCCUGGCCAUGCUGGCUGCCACCGACUUGGGCCUCUGUGUCAUCACGAUGCCCACCGUGCUGGGUGUCCUCUGGUUCCGCCUACGGCAGAUUGGCGGUCAAGCCUGCAUCGCUCAAGCCUACUUCCUCCACUCCUUUUCCCUCAUGGAGUCAGCGGUGCUCUUUGCCAUGGCGAUGGACCGCUUCGUGGCUAUCAGGUACCCUCUGAGAUACUCCGAGCUGCUGACCACCGCCAGAGUCCUACAAAUCGGACUUGCCCUCUUUGUGAGGAGCACCCUUGCCUUACUGCCCGCCUUUUAUUUCCUGGCAAAGUUCCCCUACUGCCCAGAUCCCACAUUGUCCCACUCCUACUGUCUGCACCAGGACCUGAUUCGCCGGGCUUGCAGUGACACCACUUUCAACAACUUCUAUGUCCUGAUCCUGAUCUUCCUCAGCAUGGGCUCUGACCUCCUCUUCAUUCUCCUUUCCUACAGCCUAAUCCUGAAGGCAGCCCUGGGCAUGGCCUCCAGCGGCCACAGCCCUCUCAAGGCCCUGAGCACCUGUGUCUCCCACCUCUGCGCUGUCCUGGCCUUCUGUGUUCCCGCGCUUGGACUGUCCAUUAUACACCGCUUUGGGCAGCAUGCGCCUCCCUUUGUCUAUGCCCUCAUGGGCAACGUCUACAUCCUGUUCCCACCAUUUAUGAAUCCCAUAAUUUAUAGCAUGAAAACCAAGGAGAUCUCUGGCCGUCUCCUCCAGAUGCUCAGGAACCUCUGGAAGAUGUAA